AUGGGCAUUACAAAGCUCUACCCGUGGCAGUGUCAUUGCCUUCGAGAGCUCAGGGCCGGCCAUAACCUGCUAUACUCGGUGCCCACCAGUGGCGGGAAAACGCUUGUGGCGGAGCUCUGGGCACUGCACAACGUACUUGUGCGUCGCCGUGAUGUCCUAUUCAUGGUGCCUUAUGUUUCGCUCGUACAUGAACGCGCCAUGGCCCUUGAGCAACUGGCCCUCCGUUUGCAGCGUGACGAGCGCCCACCCUUUUGCGUCGAACUCUAUGCGGGGGCUGCGGGGAAAGUGCCACCCCUCAAUCGCCGCGAGCGCCGUUCCAUUUUUGUGGCUACAUACGAAAAGGCCACCGCUCUUUUAAGCUUUUGCAUUCAGGACAGGUCUAUAAACCGGUUCGGCCUGGUCGUUGUCGACGAGGUCCACAUGAUUGGUGCAGCUGGCCAUCGUGGCGCCAGCCUCGAGGUAUCUCUGUCCAUCUUGGCAGCCCUGGCUCCCACGACGCGGCUGCAGUUGACGGCCAUGUCUGCCACCAUCAGCAACGCCAGCCAGCUUGCUCGGUUUUUGCGUGCUAAGCUUCACCAAGAUGUCACACGACCCGUUGACCUUCAUGAGCACGUCGUGGUGGACGGUGUCAUCACACCUCUCGCGCAAUUUAUUCAAGUUCCCGCAGCUACCACGCAGUGCCUUGGGCGGCGCAUCAUACCACGCGUUCGGGAAUCACGCCAUAGUGAAGAUGUGCAAACGAUUGCUUCCUUGAUGAGGCGACACGAGGGCCAGACCUUGGUGUUUUUGCGCACGCGGCGGGGCUGCGAAGCCAUGGCCCAGCAGGUGGCUCAGCUGCAGUGUCAGGAUGCCAGCCUGCCGCUGCAGCCCAGCCCCGCGUGUGCGCAGCUUUUCUUGGAUGAAGAAGUGACGUUUGAUGCUCGCAUCCCUUUACACGCCCUAUUGGUACAACGACUUGCUUUUCAUCAUGCUGGGCUGAGCCUUGAAGAUCGGGCACUUGUCGAGGCAGCCUAUCGCCGCAAUCUUGUGGAUGCGCUAUUCUGCACCACCACGCUCGCCGCAGGUGUCAACCUCCCGGCUCGCACUGUAAUCCUAAAGGAUUUGCAAACCGGCAUGCGCCGAGUUACCAAGGGUGAUUAUCAGCAAAUGAUUGGACGAGCCGGACGGACUGGCCUUGCCCAAGCCGGCGAUGCGUACCUCAUUCUCUCCGCAACGCAGGUGCGAACCAGAUCUGGCUUGCCACCACACUCCUCGCUCAUGGUCUUUCACAUCUUUUCGAUUGAUUGGCAUGGCUUCAGCACUGUCAUGCAUGAUUGA